AAAGAAAAUCUGGAUAUUCCCCACAGGCUUCAAAGGGAUGAUUUCCACCAUAUAUGGUUAAAUAGAGGCGUUUCGAAAUGCAAAUAGCCUAGGUCGUGCACAAGCACUGAUUAAUGGUUAUCUCCUAUGGGUGUACAUAUGACGCUCGUAGGAUUGUUUGAUAAAUUACACUUUUUUUAAUGUAAUAUUUUAGAAUAGUUUCUACGCAAUAUUGAUACAUGAGGCCCCUGGUAAAUAUAAUGGACAAUCUGUGCUGAAGGGCUGGUCUUCAAUAGGGCACAGUGACAGACUGCAUACUACGUACGGACUGGGCUGUGGCGAAGAGAAAACAGACAGUCAGUUUCGUUUUCCAAAUCUCAACGUCAGGGGAAUACCAGCAGGACCAUAUAAAAUAUUCAGCUCAUACCGGACAAUAUCAUAACCACACAAACAGAUCAUUUGUUCUUCAACAGCAUUUUGUUUUCAUUUGUUCUCCGACAUUGACGAUCAUGAGCACAGACUGGACACCCACCCUGUGGUCAGAGUGUUUUGAGGAGAUGUUGGAUGAGGAGUUGGACAGCAGUGACCAGUGGGCCUUCCACUUCAACUAUGGCCUGGCAGAAGCACUCACCGAGGAGGAGAGGAGGAGAGGAUGGAGGGUGUACAGCCACUGUGCCAAUGGACGGUUCCAGUGUGGUGAGUGCUCUAAGACGUGGUGGUCGGCGCGGGUGGUGCUAGUGUUCCGGUACCGUCUGCGGGAUACGACAGCCAGGGGGACCGUGCUGAUGCGGCCGUACGGCCAGGCAUGCAAACGCUGCCGGGAAGAGUUUGAACUCCCAGGUUUCUCCCAGGACGAGGUGGAGGAGGCACUGCUUGGAUUGUUUGGAAAAAUUAAGAAGAACUGCUACGACGAGGAUGAGGAGGAUGAUGAGGAGGAUGAUGAGGAAGAUGAUGAGGAUGAUGAGGAGGAUGAUGAGGAAGAGGAGGAGGAGGAAGAGGAGGAGGAGGAGGAAGAAGAGGAUGGGUCAGAGAAGGUGUCGAGGAGGCCCCAUGAGAAAGCCCUGUGUGAAGCCUGCAGACUGGGCAUCUGCUGUCAAGAGUAGAGAAAAAGAGAGAAAGUGUGUGUGUGUGUGUGUGUGUGUGUGUGUGUGUGUGUGUGUGUGUGUGUGUGUGUGUGUGUGUGUGUGUGUGUGUGUGUGUGUGUGUGUGUGUGUGACAGAGAGACAGUGGGGGGUACGUAUAUCCUAAUGCUGUCUAGAAUUGGUUGUAAAAAUAUUAAGAACAGCAUUAUCUAUAUUGUGCCUAUGGACUCCAUACAAUCUUUAUGUAGCCUAAUGUAAUGUACUAUCGUUGGCCAAUAGCAAUGACCUAAUAUUUUAUCCAUAACUUACUUGUACUUUGGAGUUGUGUAGUAAACAUGUAUUAUGUGUAAUAAACAUACAAAAUGGGAAGACUU